ACGGGCGUGGUACCAAGUCUAGUUGUUAGCACUAAGACAAUUUUUGUUUUUUAUCAACGAUUAGAAAGAUGUUGCAUUUUGUUAUAGCACUGGUCACAUUUGUUGGUUUAACGACAGCAGCAACAACCAACAGUAAUGCAACAACAGCACCCACAAGUGGGUGUUCGUGUCCACUUACAACAUUGAAAUCUCCAAUUAAUAACACAGCCAAGUGCAUGGAGUACGAGAAGGUGUUGUCGUGUUUGACGCACUCGUCUACGUGUGACACGGCGAGUGUAGUGACGGCGGCCGUGAAAGCAAUGGUGUCAACCAGCUGUAAUCUCACCGAAACAUGCCAGUGUGAAAAGGUUUACUCUAGUGCGAGUCGCACUACCAAACUACUCCAGUGCAGCGCUGCUAAGGCUCUAGACACCUGUCUCAACAAAAUCACCAACACAGUAGACCCGGCUUGUGAUAGCUCAAAGACCAAACAAUCGAUAAAAACAGCCAUCGUCGACCCUGAGACCAAGUCAAAAUGCAGUGGUGCCACCGAUUUGUAUGUGAUCUCACACCUAUUCAUGUUAAGCCUUACAGUGACUGGACUGUUCGCGUAACGCUAGAUGGCGCUGUAACCAGUUCCACCGUAAUUAUGAACAAUUAAUUGGCUGCUGGAACUAAUAUUUUUCAAGAUCUUUUUUUUUUUCAUUUCAUACAUUUUUUUGUUAAUGUAAUUUAAUGAUACUAUAAUUUUGGUCUUUUUGGAAAUGUAUAAACGCUAUUGGUGCCAUACCCGAAAUGUGAAAACCAUUUGUACUGUUAGCGACACAAGGGUUAAGGAAAUGCUCACAGUUAUCAAUAUUUUUACGAGGGGUAGUCUAUUUUUAGAAGGUAUUUCUUUGUUUCAUCGCCAUAGACUCUUGGUUUCAUUCUCUAUCCAUAUAUGCUACAGGUUUGUAAAUUGACCAAACUUAGUGUCUAUUGUUAAGGGUUGAGACUAGGGUCUGUGACUUUGACUGACAGUUGUAGUUUGAAACUUAUUGAAGGCGAAAAUUCAACAUAUUAUGGAGUUAUUUUCCCAAAUUUAAAGACAAAAAUAUUAACUACAGCCAAUUUUGAUGAAGUAAAGCUUUGCUUCAUAGAUAUAUGAAGCAUAAUAUUAUAUAAUACCUUCAGUUUGCAUGUUAUUUAACUGGGCUUAGGGUUUUUGUAGAUGGAGCUGAACUGGAUAAUAAAAUGUCUUUUAAGAGGUUACAUAUUUUAAUUUUACACUGAUGAUUACGUAGGGUUUGAAUAAUAAUAAUAAUAAUAAUAAUAAUAAUAAUAAAUAAAUAAAUAAAUAAUAAACGUUUCUAAAUCUUUUCAGGACAAGGGAACGUUAAUAGGUUCGCCAUUCCCAUUCUAAUCUAUAAAGAAAAAUCAGUUAUAUGAACCCGUAUUAGUUCUUAGUGCGAUUUGGUUUCUCUACCUAACUUCUUAAUAUAUACUCUUCAAAAGAAGAAACGCAAAAUCACAUUGUCGUAACAUUUGGAGAAUUGAUUUAAUUAUUGAA